GAGUGACUUUGUUGAGCUUCACAUUCAAUUUUAGAUAAUAUUGGAUGAUUUGGACAUGAGCGAAAAAUUCUAAUAUCUGUACCAUGACUUGAAUGGGAUUUGUGCCACAAAUGCUAAAACGUUAGCAAUUGGAAACCAAAACCAAAUCAUACCUUGUACACAGACUGCUUUCAAGGUAAAGAAACCAAUGGGUCAUUUUGUCAUUUGGUUGAACUUGUCCCUUCAAUUCAGCUCUACGAAUGUCUUCUGUGCGAUUACAAUUUGACCUUUUCCAGACUUUCGUUCUUAUGAGGAACAUUGGGAAUUUACGAUUUUUAGAAGGCUGUUACACAAUCAUGAAAUAUUUAGCUUCAGGGUCAGCACCACAGUGAAGAUGAGAUACGGGAAAACACAUGCUUUCUUCACCCUCCCAGUCCAUUAGGACUUUCAGGUUUAAGGAAGUGAGAUUACUGAGAGGCAGUGUACCAUUAAUGCCAUGUAGAAGUAGAACUGGUUCAUCCAUAGUGUGGCCUUUGCUGCAUCAAUCGUCAUGAGGAGGCCUCUGUUCAGACUGACCCAGAAAAGAGUGCUGCCCCUGUGGCAGAGAGAGAGCAGAACCACCCUGGCCCCUGGUGCUCUACGGCAACUCCACUCCUGCUCAGCACUGGUUUACCGAAAGCACGGACAUCACUAUGACACAGUCAGAAUGGAGGAGAUGUCCUUGCCAGCCCUGGGUCAACACAGUGUCAGACUGAGGAUGUUGGCAGCACCAGUGAAUCCAGCUGAUAUUAACAUGCUACAAGGCACAUACCCAAUCCUUCCAGUGUUUCCUGCUGUGGGUGGGAAUGAGGGAGUGGGGGAGGUGGUGGAGGUUGGUCGGAAGGUCACCUCUUUGAGACCAGGAGACUGGGCCAUACCGUGGGAUGCUGGCUUUGGUACAUGGAGGACAGAGGCAGUGUGUGAGGCUGAUGACCUUCUCCAGGUCUCCAAGGACAUCCCUCUGCUGGGGGCUGCUACCAUCGGGGUGAACCCCUGCACUGCCUACAGGAUGCUGCAGGACUUUGUUACACUCAAACCAGGGGCCACUGUGAUGCAGAAUGGAUCCAACAGUGCAGUGGGUCAGGCUGUCAUUCAAAUAGCUGCUGUCUUGGGGGUGAAGACCAUCAACAUCAUCAGAGACAGACCCAAUCGACAAGAGUUGGAGGAGGAACUAAAAUCGAUGGGAGCUGAUUUUGUUAUCACUGAAGAAGAGCUGCAAUGUCUAGGUUUGGAUAACGUAAUUCAGGAGCUCCCAAAGCCCAUCCUGGGUUUGAACUGUGUGGGAGGCCGGAGUGGUGGACUUGUCCUCUCUAGUCUUUGUGAUGGGGCAACUUUAGUGACAUAUGGUGGGAUGGCCAAAAAGCCUCUCCAGAUUCCAGCUAAAUCUCUCAUUUUUAAGAAUAUAACAUUACAAGGAUUCUGGAUGACGCAGUGGAAAAGAAACAAUAGUAAAGCAGAUGUGACGCAGCUACAGACCAUGGUGACCUCUGUGUGUGAUCUCGUGAAGUCUGGCCAGCUCCAGCCACCUCAUUGUGUCCAAGUUCCCUUCCACCACUACAGCCAAGCCCUCCAGGCCACAAUACAGGCGCAUCAAAGGAAACAUGUACUACUCAUGUAGCAAAACAAAAACACAGUAUCCUCCAUCGGGGAAACGUUUUAUUUUGCUUUCUUUUGUCAUUUAUCUUAUUGUGUCCGUUGCAUUAUACCAAAUGAGCACACACACACCAAAAAGGAGUUAUUCCGCAAUUAUUUACAAAAUGUUUAGUGGUCAUUUUAGAAGCUGUAGAACAUAUAGUAUACAACAACAAAAGGGACAUCUUUCAACAGUCAUAUUUACAGUAUAAAGCACGACAUAAGGGCAGGGAGAGGGUAUACACAGCACAUCGUUUAGCACAGCUCAUACAGCACAGUCAUAUCUGUAGUUAUACCAUUUUUGCUUUCUAAAUUGAAAUGUUCAGACAUGCACAUUAAAUUAUUUUAAACCGUUUCCUCCAUUGAAAGCAUCUUUUGAGAACCACACUUUAAAUGUUAUUAGGAAGCAACCUGAAAUGCUAGUUUAGGACCACAGCUUGAGAACUGAUGUUAACAAACAUUUUAAAUAAUGUACUUAACGCUAUCCCUUUGAUUCUCAUUGGCUCGUUCACUGGUCAUAUUCUGUCUACAUGGUCAACAUGAAACGGACAGAAGUCACAGUGGAGAGCGAUUGCUCAGAGGGACCCCACAGAUAAGUGGCGAAGAGCAAACUGGGGCUAGAAUACCCUCUAUGAGAACUAAGGAGUGUUAUAUCCACCAACCACUUCAGCUCACCCUACAUUAUGAUUUGGCAGUGAAUUUAAAAGUAGUAACAAGGAAGAAUUGUUUAGAAAUAUCACAAAAUUAAGUAACUUGCCUAUUUAUCUGCAAUAUUGAGCACUGACAUUGCUGAUUACAGACGUCGCUGUACAGUAUUUGGGUGAAAUGGAAUGAGUCAGUGAAUAACCUUUACAAAGAACUACAGUAAAAACACAAAUUGAGUUAGGGGAGGCAUGCACUCACCAUCUUACAAGAGAGAAUGAGCUACAGAGUAAAAAAUCAUAUUAGUGUUUGCAUGUCUAUUAUUUAAUGUAAAUACAAUGUCUGACAAACCUGUCAUUUUUAUACCCAUUAUAAUACUACUGUUCUUGGUUUUUGACCAUUUACUGUAUUGAUCAUUACAAUCAACUAAUCUAGGACCUUGACGGUAUAGUAAAUUGCCCUUAUCGUCACCAACACACAGACCUAUCACAGAUUAUUGUUCAGUGGCUCUCCUCAGUCAUAACUGUCCAACUCCUCAUGCGUUGACAGUUGGACUUCCAGUAGCAUUCUAAACUACAACCCCACAAACGACAACAACAUUAACAC